AUGGCAAAGGCACAUCAGAUAGUGGUAGGGAGCACUUGGGGAAUCAGAAACAUUUUCCAAUCCCUUGUAGCCAUCUUAACCACAACUCUAGUUGUCACUGCCAUUUAUCUAACACAAGAAGGAGAACACUGGUCUCAUCAAAGAAACAAGUUAAAUUCAUUGUCAAAAUGUAACCUGUUCUCUGGCAAGUGGGUUUUUGAUAAUGAAUCAUAUCCACUCUACAAGGAGCAACAAUGCACGUUCAUGUCUGAUCAAUUGGCUUGUGAGAAGUUUGGAAGGAAGGACCUUAGCUAUCAGAAUUGGAGGUGGAAACCUCACCAAUGUGACUUACCCAGGUUCAAUGCCACAGCAUUGCUUGAAAGGCUAAGGAACAAGAGGUUGGUAUUUGUGGGGGAUUCACUGAACAGAGGCCAAUGGGUUUCGAUGGUUUGCCUUGUAGAAUCUUCUGUUCCCCCAACUCUGAAAUCCAUUCGAACUAUUGCAAAUGGAUCCCUCAACAUUUUCAAGGCUAAAGAAUACAAUGCAACGAUCGAGUUCUAUUGGGCCCCAUUGUUGGUAGAAUCAAACUCAGAUGAUCCAGUGAAUCACAAGGUGGCAGAACGAAGUGUGAGAGUGCAGGCCAUAGAGAAGCAUGCUAGGUACUGGACUGAUGCAGACAUUGUGGUUUUCAACACUUUCCUCUGGUGGAGAAGGCGAGCAAUGAAUGUUGUGUGGGGUUCAUUUGGUGACCCAAAUGUGGUAAUGAAAAGGGUAGGAAUGGUGAGGGUGUAUGAAAUGGCCUUGAGGACAUGGUCAGAUUGGUUGGAAAUCCAUAUUAAUCGCACUAAGACAACCUUGUUCUUUGUUUCUAUGUCACCAACUCACCAAAAUUGCAACAUUAAAAAAUACAGGGCACAUGAAUGGGGAGGAGUUAGGGGUGACAAUUGCUACAAUGAAAAAGAUCAAAUUAGAGAAGAAGGGUAUUGGGGAAAUGGUUCAAUUCCAAGUAUGAUGAGAGUGGUGGAAAAUGUGAUUGAAGAUUUGAAUGGAAGAGGGUUGAAAGUUGAACUGCUUAACAUCACACAGCUCUCAGAGUAUAGAAAAGAAGGGCACCCAUCAAUCUAUAGAAAGCAAUGGGAGCCUCUAACUGAAGAACAGUUAUCAAAUCCAAAAUCUUAUGCUGAUUGCAUACAUUGGUGCCUCCCUGGUGUGCCUGAUGUGUGGAAUGAGCUUCUAUAUGCUUAUAUUUUCCAUAGAUCACUAACUUCUGACACAAAAAAUUAA